AGCAUCUCACGAGUCGCGGAGGAUACACUUCCUACUCCUCCUCUUGGGACGUCCAGCGUAGCUGCCGACACUGCCCUGCACCUUCCAGCAGCGCAGCCUCCUGCUCAUCCUUUCAUAAGCACAUCUGACACAACUGCCGGCACCUCUCCACAGCUUCCAGCAGUGCUGCCUCCUACUCUUCCUUUCAUAAGCAUAUCUGACACAAUUACCGGCACCUCUCCACAGCUUUCGGCAGUGCUGCCUCCUUUCCUAAGCACAUCCGACACAACUUCCGGCACCUCUCCACAGCUUCCAGCAGUACCGCCUUGUGGUGAGAUUAUUGAUGACAACCAUAAGGACGGUGAUGUUUCCACCUCCGUAGGGCAUUUAUCGGAGAAAAGCAUGUCUUGGCAAGAUUGGGAGAAUUCCUUCAUGGCGUUCAAAGCCUUCUUUGAUGGUGGCGCUUAAGAUAUGUGAGGCCAUAACUCUGGGCUCUCAUGUGGACUUCUUCAUCAACCUUGUGAGGAACCUAGCAUGUGCUGUCUUUGGAGUGCGGGCCAUUCAAAGCAUGAAAUUAUCACAUGGUUCCAGUGAGGUAAAAGCUGCUGUCGACACUUUGAUCAUUAAGCAACAGGAAUUGGACAAGCAGCGCCGGGAAGUGCAUGCCCUUUUUUUUGCUAAGGGUAUUUCUGCCGACAAUGCUGAGUGUGUGACGGAGGCAACAGCCAGAUCAUCUCCUAGUGCUUCUUUCGUUCUUUUUGGGCAUUCUUCACAGCUUCAAGGUUGUCUCCUCUUGGCUUGGUGACUGAUUAUCUUGGCGCGUGGUUCUGUUCCCUUGAAGACCAUAGGCUGCAUGGGUCUUUAGCAUGUGUAGUUUUAUCUUGCUUUGACUGUAG